AUGCUUUCACGUCUUUCACGUCAAUUGGGCAUCAAAGCCCCACAAAUCGUUCCUAUUCAAUUAAGAUUGUUUUCCCUGUCAACAAUCGUCUCGGCUCUUACUGUCGAUAAAGAAAAGAAUAAAAUCAAACAAUUGAAGGCCACCUUGAAAAAGGAAAAGGAUGUACUUGCAAAGUUGAAAGCACAGCACAAAAAAAUCACCCAGAAGCACAAGGAUCUCGUGCUGAAGAGAAAAGCUGAAGCUUCAGAGAAAAAGCUCAUUAGCAAAGCACUUAAGCCAUACAGAAAGAUCACUGGUCUCAAUGUGUUUAUUAAGGAAAGAGUUGGAAAUGGUGCAACAAUUGCUACCAUUGGCAAAGAGUGGUCUUAUUUGACCGAGGCAGAGAAAGCCGAUUUCCAGACUAAAGCAGAUGCGCUUAACGAGGAGAACUUGAAGAUCUGGAAACCAAAACCCACCCCACCAGCAAAUAUGUAUGCUGCCUUCGUAAAAGAACACUGGGUAAAUGACGGUCGUGACUUUGGCGAAGUUAGUAAGGAAUUGGCUUCGAAGUGGAAAGAAAUGUCUACGCUGGAAAAAGAAGCCUACGCCCCAUCCCAAAGUGAAAAGGAUGCGUAUGCAAAAGAGUUGGAACAAUGGAAAGAAAACAGAAUAAAGCUUUACAAGGAAAAGCUCGAGUCCGCCUAG